UUACAAACAAAUGUCUUUAAAGCUUUCCGUUUAGCGAACUCUGAUAACUAUUUUGAAGAACCGUUGCACUCCUCAACUGGUCUCGGCAUUUUAUUAAGUAGUGUAUUAAAUGAAAUAGAAGUAGAUGUAAAUAUAGAAGACAUUAGUUAUAAAUAUUUUUGUAUUCCUUUUGAAGGAAAAUAUUUACUUUUACCCAUACUACAUCAUCUUUUUAACGAUUUUUAAGAUAAUAUUAAAUGGAGUCGGAUCAGGAUAUAUUCGACGAAAUAUGUUCAGAAGUGGAAAUAAGUCAGUGGAAAGAAAAUGACGAAAUAAAAAUUCGAAGGUUUCAAUUUGGGGUGGAAUGUCCCCAUGACGAGCGCUCUCCACCAAAAAAGCCUGCUCUUCCCAAACAUGUGUCGUCAUCUAAAGGCAGACACGCGGCAAUAAUAGCUGAGUUAAGCGCUAUCCAGAUAUGCCAGGACCAAAUAUUGGCGAAAUUGGAUAGCGUCGAGACCCGUCAACUGGGCGUUGCUGGCCAAGUAGCUGACAUACAAAGUGCCAUUUUCGAUAAGAUGCCGGAACGUGGUGAGGUGCAAGCGCAAAGUAAGCUGUUGCGCGAAUGCAAAGUGCUGACAGCUAGGGUUCAACAGUCUGUCAGUCGCAUCACCGGGGACGCGGAAAGCGAGGAGUCCAUGGAACUUGCUGCUGUGUUUCCCGUAUUAUCGGUGGAGCAAGUGCAGGCUGUUGAAGCCAAGCUGAUAAAUAAAGCUUACGCCGACGCAAUGAUUGGGCUUCUGGCAAGAUCAAAAGGCACGAAAGGGACGGUUGACGGGGUUAUGCAUUAUCUAUUCACAGAUGACGCCAUGUACAGCUUCAACUUAGAAGGAAGAGCAGGAAAGAUUCCACUUCUUAGACUUAAGGCGGUUGAACUUAUAUUUGACCUCUUUUCAGAAAAAAUAAAAGAAGAUGUACAAGGCGCUAUUAGGAAGUAUGUUCGUUUAAGCCACAAUAGGUGUAACUAAAAAAAAUAUAUUAAUAGAAAAACUUUAAAUGUGUAAAUAUGUAAAAUCUUUAAAUCUGUAAACUUGUAAAAUCUUGAAAUUUGUAAAUAUGUAAAAUCUUGAAAUCUGUAAAUAUGUAAAAUCUUUA